AAUAAGGUAAACAAACAUGCUCUUAGCUGCCUCCCCUUCUCCAUUCGUCCUGUUCCUCUCUCACAAGCGAACCCUCCCGGUCGCCGUCCGAAUGGCCGCCUCCAAUGCCGAGGCCAUCCCUUCUCCUUCAUCUUGUCCUCCUCCCAAAAUAUUGGACUCGCAUCUCCACGUAUGGGCGUCUCCCAAAGAGGCUGCAGAGAAUUACCCUUAUUUUCCUGGCCAGGAGCCUUCCGUCCCUGGGGACGCUGAUUUCUUGCUCAAGUGCAUGUCAGAGGCAGGAGUUGAUGGUGCCCUUAUUGUGCAACCAAUAAACCAUAUGUUUGAUCAUUCUUUAGUAACUAGUGUUUUGAGGCGUCAUCCAUCCAAAUUUGUUGGUUGCUGCCUUGCAAAUCCUGCAGAUGAUGGAUCUGGGAUUAGACAACUUGAGGAUCUAGUACUGAAGGAUGGAUACCGAGCUGUUCGAUUCAAUCCAUAUUUGUGGCCUCCUGGUCAAAAGAUGACAAAUGAAAUUGGGAAAGCAUUGUUCUCUAAAGCUGGCGAACUAGGAGUUCCAGUUGGAUUUAUGUGUAUGAAGGUAGAUCAAUAUUUGGGUCUUAGCCUACACAUAUCAGAAAUAGAGGAGCUCUGUGAAAGUUACUCUUCAACAGUUGUACUUCUUGACCAUAUGGGUUUCUGCAAACCUCCAUUGACUGAUGAGGAACGCUAUGCACUCUCUUCGUUGCUAAAGCUGUCCAGAUUUCCACAGGUUUAUGUGAAAUUUAGUGCACUUUUCCGUCUAUCAAGAAACCAGUAUCCAUAUGAAGACACUAGAGACAUCCUUUCUAAAGUCAUCUCCAGCUUUGGGGCUAACCAUGUCAUGUGGGGAAGUGACUUCCCAUUUGUUGUCAAGGAGUGUGGUUACAGAGAGGCAAAGGAAGCUGUCCCUCUCAUAGCAAACCGUAUACCCUUGUCAUCGGCCGAUAUGGAAUGGAUUAUGGGUAGGACGCUUGGGCAACUCUUUCACCGUGAAUGGCAAGCUUAAACUAUUUUAGUUUUUGUAUUUGGCAUAUUUUUAAUGCAGAUAAGAGUUCCUAUCACACAACAAAAGAAAGUGUUUGGGUGUAGCGUUUUAAAAACUCUUAUGGUUCUUAAUUUGGUGAGAUUUGUUUACUAAUAUAAGUGGACUCGGUGUUCAAAUUAAUUGUUUGAAUUGAUGGA